AUGUCUGACACUGUAUUGUUGUGUUUUGUUGCAGACACCCAGUUUUCAGGUUCUGACUCAACCUUCUGCAAACCAAGAAGUGAGCGAGAGAUCCACUUCAUCCUUCUAACAGACACCAAGUGUUCAGAUCCUGACUCAACCUUCUGCAGACCAAGAAGUGAGCGAGGGAUCCACUUUAUCCUUCCAACAGACACCAAGUGUUCAGAUCCUGAGUCAACCUUCUGCAGACCAAGAAGUGAGCGAGGGAUCCACUUUAUCCUUCCAAUAGACACCAAGUGUUCAGAGCCUGACUCAACCUUCUGCAGACCAAGAAGUGAGCGAGGGAUCCACUUUAUCCUUCCAAUAGACACCAAGUGUUCAGAGCCUGACUCAACCUUCUGCAGAAAAAGAAGUGAGCGAGGGAUCCACUUUAUCCUUCCAAUAGACACCAAGUAUUCAGGUUCUGACUCAACCCUCUGCAGACCAAGAAGUGAGCGAGGGAUGCACUUCAUCCUUCCAAUAGCCUCCUCCCACCUGACAGCUAUUGCAAAGCAAGUUGAACAUCACUUGGUCGAUGAUUUCGUGAUGGAAACUCUGCAAGCUUUGACCAGAUCUCUACUGAUGAUUCUUCAGAUUGCACAGCUUAUGAAGAUACUGAUGAUAUGUUCCAGACUCAAGUGUCAAUUCCUCAGACAAAAGUCUUUGUAGUAAUGAAUUGAGAAUCACAGAAUCUCUUGCUCCCAAGAAAGUGUUAGAGGACAUGCCAGUGGGGAUAGUUACAGCACACCGUUGGGAGAUCACUGGUUCAGAGAAACCUACAAGUUUUAGUUCAGGAGGAGGAGCAGCAGUCAUAGCACUUUAGUGAUGAGUUGCAGUGCCAAUUCCCUGGAGGCAAGAUUUCUGCAUUUGCUGUGGUCUGUUCUGUUUAAGUUUACAUAUUUUGCCACCAAUUAAAAAAGAAAGAAAGGCAGAAAGUGUUCCAUGUUUUUAUUCACAUGAACAGGUACUACAAAA